UUCAUCCUUAAAGAGGCUGAGAAUGCAUCUGAGGAAGACAUUUGGAGUUAAAUGCGGCCUGCAAACAAUCUGUUCCCCAAAUAUGGACAAGAACCAUGCUCCAUUGUUUUUUACGAAAUCCUCAACAGUCUACUACUGCCUAGCAACACAGUCAAGAGUUUCUGGGUAGUUUUGAUUUUUUGGUCAGCGAAUAUGCUUGACGGACAGCUUUCUGUAGAAAUUGCUGGGCAGUUGGUGUGUUUUCACUUUUCAAGAUCUCACAUGUAACAUGAGAUGGGUCCAAAGCGGGUCCGUCUAACGUUGUAUUAAGGUUUGAAUUAACUAGUAAUUUAUAUUAAGAUUCUUUGGUUACAUCUGGAAUACCUACCUAAUCAUAAAUAACUUUUUUGUUUUCUGUGUUCUCCUCUACAUAAUUAAAAAAAUUUAUACAUGUUGGUUGAAUAUAUAGUAUACCAGUAUCAAAGACUAAUACGGAAAUGCAUCAAGUUUAAGUUGCUAGUCAGUUAUCUCUCUAGCUAGUUUGUGCAUUUUGGUCAUUCUUGUUGUUGUGAAAGAUGGAUUAUUUUUUUCACAAAAGAAAGCAGAUGAUCUUUGAAGAUGUUGGAAAUGGAAAAGCUCAAUCUUCUUCUCAGGAUCCUUUUCAGGCUGUGGCAUCAAGAGUUUUUCAGAUCAAUACUGCUUUAAAUGAUUAUCGGAGACUUGUUAACAUGACUGGGACCGACAAGGACACUCCUGAUCAUCGAGAUAAUCUGCAUAGUACAAAACAAAGAAUCUGUCACUUGGUGAAGGAGACUACUGCUAGCCUCAAAGUGCUGAGGGAAUGCGAUCAUGGUGUCGGCGUUAAUACAAAGAAGAUAAUAGAAGACGCAAAGCUUGCAAUGGAUUAUCAGGUAACCUUGCAAGAAUUUCAAAGACUUCAAGUGCUUGAUAUUGGACGUGAGGCAGCUUUUAAACCUGAAAGAGAACAAGAUGGUACUGCGUCACAUAAUGAAUCUACUGCUACCAAAUUACAAUUUGUCAGUGCUCAUCAGAGCAUGAAGUCUAGGCCUUCGUGGAUGAACUUUAUUUUUGGCGGAAGGAAAGAAAAGAGUUCUCAAGAUCUUGAAAAAGGAGGAGCUCAAUCUUCUUCGUCAGAAAGUCAUUACCAGGCUGUGGCAUGGGAACUUUUUCAGAUCGAUGCAGCUUUAAUCGGUUAUCUAAAACUCCUAAACAUGGUUGGGACAGAUAAAGAAACUCCUGACAAUAUCCAAAAUCUACAUAUCACUAAACAAAGGAUUGGAAAGUUGAUGAAGGAGACUUCUGUUAACCUCAAAAGGCUGAGGAAUUCUGAUCAGGGUGUUGGCAUUAACACAAAUGAGAUAAUCGAAGGAAAACUUGCAAGGGAUUUUCUGGCAAUUUUGCAAGAUUAUCAAAUAAUUCAAGGGCUUGCUAUUGAACGCGAGGCAGCUGCUUUUACGCCAGAAAGCUAUGGUGCAAAUGAGCAAAUAGGUCUUGAUUUUGAUCCCGAAUGCCAUCCUUUCCUCGAAGAACAACAUAAGAGAUACUGCUGCGUCGCAUGUGGAGUCUACUGCUGCUCAAAUACAAAUUGCCAAGGUUCCCAAAAGAGCAUCUCUGUCUUCAUGGUACUGGUGGGUGCUGAUAAUCUUGGUAUUGGUGCUGGUCAUUGUUCUCCUCUGGCGUGUAUUGUAGAAGUGCAUCGCCACAUUUGGCUUGCAAGAUUUGGUCGCGAGUGUUAUUUUAGAGGUGCAAUUGUACAUUGCAUUACUGUUGAUCUUUUACGUUUUUAAGAAGCAACCGUCUGUAAGUGGCUCUUACGGGAUGUAUGUUUGUGCUGAUUUACUUUCAAAAUACAGUAUGAGCUUAUUUCCAUCUGUCACAAGUUGA